AUGGAAACCGCCGACUCCGCUGCGGCAGCAGAAGAGGAGGAGAAGGAGGCGCGUGCGGAAGAGACACGCGCUGCAGGUCUCAACUGCCCGGGGGGGCAUCACUCACGCGACGCGCUGCAGCAGGAAAGCCAGAAUCGAGAGGAAGAGGCGCGCACGGUGCAGCCGCGGGGAUUGCGCGGAGGAGAAGUCGAGCACGUACGCAUGACAGGGAAUGGGAGAGGAGUCACCACUCGCCGGCUCGGCGAUGGGAGCGGGCGGGAAGGGAGGACAGUAAGUAGAGACAGUCAGAGGAGGCGCGCGGGGAUCAGCAGGAGAGCAGGGCCAGGAGCGGCAGCCUGGCGUACGGAGCUGAGCGUGCACGAGUAG